UAGUCCAGGACUCAAAGGACGGGAGGCUCUGAUCGUCUUUAGUACGAAUUAGGGAGUUUCGGUUUGGAGUCCUUUGCGGACGUUGAAGGCAGGAUGACGGAGGCUUCGCGGUACUCCAGAGGACCGCAAACGAAAUGAAGGGAACUCGGGAACUGAGUAUGGCCACGGAACCUUAGGAGGCUGGAUUGGAAAUCCGAUAGGAAGGAAGAGAGACCGCGCCUGUUGGGCCACGUGAUUGGAAGUCAGGGACCGGGGCGGCGCUAGGUGCCAGAGACGGCGUGGUGAGGAGUGUUUGGGGCGUGGGGAGUGGCAGGGUCGUUUGGCAGCCUCUGGCUUACCGUCUUUGGGUCUUCAGGAGGAAGAAGGCUGGAGUCGAACAUACUGAGUGUAUGCACAGCCUUCAUGAAAGCUGACAGAGAAGUGAGGCGCCUAUUCGUGGGUGGCCUUGGCCAGAACAUUUCCGAGACAGACCUACAAAAUCAGUUCAGCAGAUUUGGAGAAGUUUCUGAUGUGGAGAUCAUCACACGAAAAGAUGACCAAGGAAACCCACAGAAAGUCUUUGCGUAUAUCAACAUCAGAGUAGCAGAGGCAGAUCUGAACAAAUGUAUGUCUGCUUUGAAUAAAACAAAAUGGAAAGGUGGAACACUACAAAUUCAGCUAGCAAAAGAAAGUUUUUUGCACAGAUUGGCCCAAGAGAGAGAAGCAGCAAAAGCGAAGAAAGCAAAAUCAACAACAGGCAACACCAACAUUUUGGAAAAGAUGGGAGUGGUGGAUUUCCAUGUGAAAGCUGUACCAGGGACAGAAGUGCCAGGGCACAAAAAUUGGGUUGUGAGUAAAUUUGGAAGAGUUUUACCUGUCCUUCACCUAAAGAACCAACAUAAACGUAAAAUCAUGAAGUAUGACCCAUCAAAAUACUGCCACAACUUAAAGAAGAUCGCAGAGGAUGUCACACAUGCCACCCCUGUGUCCAGCCUCACCUGGCAACUGGAAGGAGGGGAUGACCCUAUGAGUAGGAAGCGACGAGGGGAGUUCUGUGCCAUUCAGACCUCCUCCCAGAAGAGGAUCAAAGCACAGAAGGACAAGGGGACUGCUGCUUCUCCAGCUGUGAGAGCAGGAACCCUCACGGUCCCGGGAAGUCCGCAUCCCAAACAGCAAGAGGCGGCACAGGAAGCACGCUGUGAGCUCAUUACUGCUCCGUUGCCCUCUGUCCCUGCUUCUCACAGCCAGAAACCUAACAGUAUGUUUGUUCAGACUUAUGGUGUGGGAAGUGCCAGGCGCAGAAAUCACGUGUCUGACGAUGAUACCGAUUCUGAAGAAGAGAUACGACUACUGAUUGCAAGAGAGGAAAACCUGGGGAAAACUGCAUGGCCCUCAGUGGGUGACUCUGCAAAUGAGUCCUUCGAAGUUGUCGGGGGGGACUUCAGGUCAGGUGUUCACAAGCUGCAUUCAGUAACAGCUCUAGGUGUCAGUCAUGUCUCUGACCGGGAUGGGGAAGGUAAUGCCCUGGGAAACGAUUGCAACUAUGAUUCAGGAGAUACAGAUGAGAUCAUCGCAGCAAAGAAAAAGACCAGUAAAGUCAAAAACAGUGCAGAGUUUUCACAAAUGGAAAAGUAUGCACACAAGAAAACGCCUUUGAAAAAUAGAAAAAACUGUGAGCUUUCUGAUCCUUGUGUUAAAGGACAAAAAAGAAAGACCAAGCCAGAUGGAGCCAUCAGUCCUAGGGUUACAGUCCGCUGCAGCAGCAGGGAAGAUUGGGGUUCUGCGUCAGAAUCCGCUGAGUCUGCAGGAGAUGAGGAGUAUGAGGCCAUGAUGAAAAACUGCCUCCAUGUGCAGCUUACCUUAGCUGAUCUGGAACAGCUGGCUGGCGGUGACCUGCAGGAUCCGGAAGAAGAUCCUGAGAGCGGUGGCCAGGAGACCACCACCAAAUGUGACAGGACUCUGGGGGGCCUGCACAGAGCCCGGCCAUGCAUCUGUCCCGAGGACAUUGUGGCUGCCCUUUUAGAAGGAGAAGAGAACACCUGUGGAAAGCAGAAACUGAAGGGAAAUAACCUACAGCCGAAAUUCCAAGCUUUCAAGGGAGUAGGCUCUCUCUAUGGAAAGGAAUCAAUAAAAAAACCCUUGAAAGAAAGUGUUGCCUUUGACAAUAUAAAUAAAGAUCAGAAUUCCUUGAAAUUUGAUCCCAGUAGCAUGUCCAUGGAGAAGGGGUCCCCACCUGCUAAUGGCUCGUCAGGCAAACUAACUCCUCUCCAACACGCAAAGAAGGCAAAUGACCCAAACCAAAUUCAGCCUCAAAAGAGACGUUCUCCUUUCCAGAGCCAGGAUCACGAGAUUGUGUCCCCUAGCAGUUCGGAAGAGGGAGGUAGAAAUCCUGUUUCUAGUCUGUUGCCAUUAAAAGAUAAGAAAAUAAGUCUUGGUACAAUUACCCCCAAGGUAGGCUUUGAUGAAGACUGCCGCCACAGGACUGGGGAGACCGGAGAGGGCUCCAGACAGAGCAGCCACCCAGCGCCUGGGAAAGCACCGGAGGGCUCCUCCAGGAGAGACGCUCAGGGAAGCAGCACCAACUUCCCACUUCCUGUGAACAGUUGGUCCGAUGUUCACACUAAGGAGAAGCAUGCUGACAAUCAGAAGCGUUUGGCAGCCUUGGACGCAAGGCAGAAAGCAAAGGAAGUGAGGAAGAAGCUGGUUCAUAAUGCCCUGGCAGACUUGGAUGGUCAUCCAGAGGACAAGCCAACGCACAUCAUCUUUGGUUCUGACAGUGAAACAGAGGAGCAAAGCCACCCGGGAGAGGAGCCCGUGCAGGAGGCCGUGAGCAGAGCAUCUGGGAGGCUGUUUGACAGCAGUGAGGAUGAAGAAUCUGGCUUCGAAGAUGACAGUCACAGGUUCAGAAUUAAACCUCAGUUUGAGGGCAGAGCUGGGCAGAAGCUUCUGGACUUGCAGUCUCACUUCGGCACUGAUGACAGAUUCCGCAUGGACUCCCGAUUUCUGGAAAGUGACAGUGAAGAAGAACAGGAAGAGGAAAAUGAUGAGAAAACAGCGGAGGAAGAGGAGCUUGCUGCAGAGAAGCUCAAAGCCCUGAACGUCAUGCAGAGUGUUUUGCACACCACUGUGAGCAGUUCUGCGCACAAAGGAUCGGCAGCUGCCAAGAAAUUUAGGGAUGUCGUACAUUAUGAUCCAACGAGGAAUGACCACACCGCUUACGAAAGGAAGAGCGAUGAUAAACCAAAGGAAAGUAAAGCAAAACGAAGGAAGCAGAGGGAGGAGGCCGAGAAGCUGCCUGAGGUGUCUAAAGAGAUGUAUUAUAGCGUCGCUGCAGACUUAAAAGAAAUAUUUCAAACUACAAAAGUUACCAGUGAAACAGCAGACGACACACCGUCUAGUGAGAAUCGUGAUGGCGAGAAAGUCGACGUUCACCUCCCCACCAGUCCAACGACGGGGGCCGAGCAGCGUGGCGGGUUCACAUUCUCCUUUUUUGAUUCAGAUGCUAAAGAUGUAAAGGAAGAUGCCUACAGAGCUGAGCCUGUGAAAACCAGGAAGGUCGUCUGGCAGGGGACCCCUCGUUUCCAAGACAGCAGCUCCGAAGAGGAGGAUAUUGCUGAAGAAGAAACAGAAGGCAGCCAGCCCAGCCCCAGAGAAGUAUCAUUACCUGAGAAAGAGACCAUUAGAUUUUUCUUUUUUUCUAAGAAUGAUGAAAGACUUCAUGUAGGUUCUGAUUUAUUCUGGAGAGGAGUGGGAAGUGAUAUUAGCAGGAAUUCUUGGGAGGCCAGAACAAACAACUUGCGGAUGGACUGCCGGAAGAAACAUAAAGAUGCCAAAAGGAGAGUGAAACCAAAAUAAUAACUGUCAGCAUUGGUUUUGAUAUGAAUGGGAAGGCUCACCUAUGGAAAUUGGGUGACACAGAAACAUUCUUAAAUGAGAAGGAAGAAUUCACAGUGAAGGAGUAUUCAAAAUCUGCCUGGUGGAUAUCACUCUGCUAUCUUUUUCUGUGGAUUUCCUCUGUAUCUCUUCCUAAGUAAUUCUUCAAAAAAUUAAAAUGAACUGGUUUUUUUUAAACAAAGCACAAGAUAAUCCCCCCAAAUACUUUUUAUAUAUAAUCUCUGUGCUAUUUAUAGUAACUACUUGGUAUUUCUAAUACAGGGUUUACAUAAAGUCUUUUUAAAAUUA